AUGGCGGGCGGUGCCAUGAGAUACCGGACGCUGGGCCGGAGUUCAGCACACCGUCAAGCCCUCCUCCGCAACCUCGUCACAUCCCUCAUCAAACAGGAGCAAAUACAUACGACAUGGCACAAGGCGAAGGAGGCACAGCGCUUGGCCGAGCAUGUGAUAACGCUGGCGAAGAAGAACACCGAAUCGAGCAAGAGAGACGCAAUGGCCAUUCUCUACUCACCACACGAACAUAUCGACAAGCUCAUGAACGACCUCCGCGAGCGCUACCAGCACCGCGAGGGUGGCUACACCCGUGUCCUGCGCACGGAGCCCAAGAACAAGUACGAUCAGGGUGAAUCUGCCAUCCUCGAGCUCGUCGAUGGGCCCAAGGACAUGCUGUAUGCCAUAACGGCUGCCGCCGUGGCCAGGGACCGCGCUCUUGGGCGUCCCCACACGCCGCUGCUGCUGCAUAACCUGGCAAAAGUCACUCGAUUCCGCGGCGAAAACGCCAAGGAGGAAUUCGAGGCCAUGGUCGAGCGCAUGGCAGCGUUGGAACUUAGCAAGGCCAGGAAGGCGGAGCCGCUGACUAAGAUGAGCCUCUCAGACGCACCUAACGUCCGGCCAAGCGCCUAUAAUGUUAUCCCGAGGGUAGAGAAGACCUGGAGGUAA